AUGGCCGCUGCCGCUGCCGCCACCCCCACCAAGACGGCCAACAUCCCCGAGACGAUGCGGGCCGUGCAGUACGACGCCUGGGGCGGGGGCGCCGCGGGACUCAAGCAUGUGGAAGUUCCAGUCCCUUCAGCCCAAAAGAAUGAGCUUCUAGUGAAGCUGGAAGCAGCAAGCAUCAAUCCAGUGGACUGGAAGAUACAGAAAGGGAUCUUGCGGCCGUUCCUGCCUCGUAAAUUACCUUUUAUCCCUGUGACUGAUGUGGCAGGAGUUGUGGCUGAUGUUGGGCAAGGAGUCAAUGGAUUCCAAGCCGGAGAUCAUGUUGUUGCUAAGCUGUACUCACUUAAUGGAGGUGGACUUGCAGAGUAUGCUGUGGCAUCAGAAACUCUGACCGUCAAGAGGCCUCCCGAGGUAUUUGCUGUUGAAGGCGCAGGGCUGCCUGUUGCUGCUGGUACUGCGCUCCAGGCGCUUAGGACCAUCGGCGCCAAGUUCGACGGUACUGGCAAGACCUUAAACGUUCUCAUCACCGCGGCAUCAGGUGGCGUCGGUCACUACGCCGUGCAGCUCGCGAAACUGGCUGGUCUCCACAUCACCGCCACCUGUGGCGCGCGUAACAUGGAGCUGGUGAAGAGCCUGGGCGCGGAUGAGGUGAUUGACUACAAGACGCCAGAGGGUGCUAGCCUGCAGAGCCCCUCAGGUAAGAAGUACGAUGUUGUCAUCCAUUGCGCUGUCCGUAUCAGCUGGUCGACGUUCAAGCCUGUUCUGGCCACCACCGGGAGGGUGAUCGACGUCACCCCAAACUUCACUUCCAUCCUCAAAUGGGCGCUGCACAUGGUGACCUUCGCCAGAAAGUGGCUGGUGCCACUGCUCCUGUCGCCCAACAAGGCGGACCUAGAGUUCCUGGUCGGGCUGCUGAAGGACGGCAAGCUCAAGACACUGAUUGACUCGAGGUUCCCACUGAGUGAGGUGAGCAAGGCCUGGCAGAAGAGCAUCGAGGGCCAUGCCACCGGAAAGAUCAUCGUCGAGAUGGGAGGCUGA